UUCAAGCGAGGUGGAUCGUUUUAGCGCGGUUAGUAGAGACUCCAAACGGCAUGGAUAGAUGAACUUUUAUUAUUUUUUGUGUACCUCUACCUGCCUCUGCGUACUACCACACAUUUUAGUGCGAACACCAACCAACCAACAACCAAUCAGCCAGCCAGCAAGCAAGCCAAGACACCACCAAACACCUCGUUCGCCCCCACAAAGCAACAGUAAAUAUACGCGUGUAUGUAUUCAUGUGUAUACACACACAUACACGAAAUAGAAAAUACCACAGCAGGAGCAGUAGUUGGUACAUACAAACAGCACACGAAUAUAAAAUAAUUACGUAUAUAUAUAAAUAUUUGGUAUGUAGUACAUACACGCUCGCCAGUUGUGUAGUGACCUGACAGCCUCAAAAGCAGCGUGCGAGCUCAUCGAGAGCAGUCAACAGCAACAGCAAAAAAAAAGAAGAAAAGUAGCAAAAAUUUACAAAUUGGGUGUAGAGUUUUUCGGCUAACGAGCAUGUAUUAAAAAUGUGGAAUUUAUGAAAAGAAUUUACAACAACGUCAAACAAAACGGUGUUAUAAGUAAAUCAGAAUCAAGCAUAAACUAUAAUAUUGCAAAAGCUAAUCGCGCUUAAAGCAAACUGACGGUCCGCGAACGCGAUGAAAAUAUCGAAAGCAGCGAAACAAUAUACAUACUUGUAUGUGUGUGUGUAAUAAAAAGGUACAAAUUGUUUCAUGAAGAGUGCAAAGAGAUUUCGAAACAUAAUUAAAAAAUUUUUCAAAUACACAAAAGUAGUUGAAGUGACAAGUAAUUAUAUAAAAYAUUWUAUAUACAUAUAAAAAAUUGGUACACAUGCCACAGAACAAGUCUUACCCUGGCAGAAAGUGUUGAAAAACCUUAAACAAAUAUACUAAAAAUCAUAUGCAARUAUAAACAAAAGCUAAACAUGAAAAUUUAUUUGUGAAAAGCAAAAACAAYUCGUUUUAAAAAUAUUCAAUAAAGAAAAUAAUUUUGUUAACACACAACUAGUGACAAACAAAAAGUAUUAGUGACAAAAUARAAUUUAACAAAAAAGUUUAGUGACAAAAUAAACUUUAACAAAAACUAAGAAACAACAUAGUUUCGAAUUAUGUUCUAGCAAUAAAAACCAAACCAACAAUUGUGAGCAAUAAAAAAUUUAUGAAAAACGGGCAGAAAAAUAGAAACAAAAAUUUUGUGAGAAGUGCUUUUUUAUGAAGAAUUACUGAAAAAACUCGCUUGAUUAAUGAAGUAAAAAGCGUUGAAAAGUGCAAAUUUAUGUAUAAAAAUUUUUUAAAUUCUAAAAUAAAUAUAAUACACUUGUGUGACUUACAGAACCAACUAAAGGAGAAAGUGACAUGAGAAAAGCUAGCGAAAGAAUAUUUUGAAAUAAUUUUUACAAUAACUAAAGAUAGAUAAUGUWUAAACCUAUUUAAACAGCUGAAAAAAAAAMAAAAAUUAAARCAAGUUWGCGUCUGUAAAACCAAAUACUCCAGUGGUAAAACAUAAAUUUAAAGUGUAUGUGCUUAAUAACAAAUUAAAUUUUACUAAAAAUAAUUAACCAAUUUUAAUUAUUUAAACGCAUUCGUGCAGUACUCAUAUAUUUUUGUGCAAAAUUGUCGCCAACGACGACCAUAAAAUGUUUGAUCCAUUUGUUAAAAUCAAGAAAAAGCGAAAUCUAAAUGUUGUUGAUAUCUUAGACAGUGUCGCGGGUGAACUGGAGCUGGCCAUCGCGCCGCCAGAGCAGGCGGUGAUUGAGCAGGUUAUUGCUGAAGACGCAGUGGUAGUGGUGGAAGAAGCGGAACAACAACCGCAACAACAACAGCAACAGCAGCAAGUGAAGCAACAAUUGUUGCACACUAACGGAGAGCAGCGAGUGCAACAACCGCUAGAACAGCAGCAGCAACAACAACAGGAGCUAGARCCGAAUGCCAAUUGUUACUGUGUAAGUGGUGCAGCAUUAAUUGGUGCAGGAGCAACAGCUGCGGGCGCAAGCGCAAGCGCCAAUACCGUAGCUAGCCCCGCAAUAUCGCCCACAACCACAGACACCGUUGCCACAAUAGCGACAGCCGCCUCGUCCGCUACAUCGCCACUCUUGGAGGCAAUUGCUAGCAGCAGCAGCAGUAGUAGUUGUAGUAACAGUAGUAGUAGCAGCAGCAGUUGCAACAACAGUAGCAAUAGCAGUGGUAUUAGCGGUAAUAACAGUUCCCAAGUGAGUGGCAGCAGUGUGAGCCGUCAAUUGGCCAGCAGUAGCAGUGGUARCARCAACAGCAACUGYAGUCGCCUGCAACAGUUGAUAUCGACGCCGCCAGUGGCAUUGCGCGGUUUGUCGUCCUACUGCAACGGCGAUUUGCAGCCGUCAGCACAACAACACCAGCCAACGCUAGGUCACCAACACGCGGCACAAUCGGCAGCCGCUGUGCCCACAUUGCCUCAAUUACAGUUGCAAUUGCAGCAGCCAACGCUGCAUCAGCAGCAGCAGCAACAAGCGCCUUCGGUGUUGCAGCAACAUUUGGGUCACCUCAAUUUCGAAAGUGGAGCAUCGAAUGUGAGCGCUAGCAGUGGUAAUAGCAGCAGUAGCAACAACAACAACUGUAGUAGCAGCAGCAGCAGCAACCUGCGAAGUAGCACAACAACGUUGCAGCGACACUUGGCCUCGCCAAGCAACAUUCUCCAGGAAGCGUUCAGCAAUAAUUUGCACAGAAUUUUAAAGCGUUCACAUAGUUCCUCAACGUUGGCGUCCARCAACAAUAAUAAUCCGAGCAGUAAUUCUAUUUCUUCUUCGCCAGCGUCGCCGCCGUCCUCUUCUGCGAUCUCAAAUUCCAAUUUCGCCGGCACGCCCACUUCACUAUUUGCCAGUAUUUACGGUAGCAACAAUAAUAGUAGCAGUAACAGCAGCAGCAGCAGCGCUAACAACAUCAACAAUAGCAACCAACCUCACCACCACUUGAAUAGCAGUAUAAUUGCCAGUCGUCUUUUCGGCAGCAACGGUAAUAAUAACAACAACAACCAUCCCAACCAGCAGCUCAACAAUCUGAAUCAAAAUAACCACAGCCACCUCCAACAACAACUCACAGCGCCAAGCAGYAGCAGCACAGCGGCCGCAGCGGCAGCCACAUCAAGCGCUGCCGCYAGUGUCUCAUCCACCCCGCAGCAGCAACACACUAACAAUAGCAACAGCCACCAACAUCGCCUGCCGCAACAUAGCCAACAUCGAGACCAUCAUUCCGCGCUCACCAAUUCGAUAACGAACCGCAUCAACCAAUCCAUCAGGCGGCACUUGAAUCAGCAGCAGCAACAGCAACAACAUCACCACUUACAGCAAUACAAUCAGCAAGUGACAAAUAAUAACAACAUAACAAAUAAUACAACAAAUAACCACCGAAUACAGCAACAGCCUAUUCCUCAACACGCACGUUUCCCACAACAACAACAACAACAACAACAACAAAAUAAUCACAAUUUACAACAUCACUUGCAACAAUCAAACCAUCAUCAACAACAACAACAGCAACAGCACCAUCAUCAUCAGCAUCAUCACCAGCAGAACCAUCAUCAAAACCAACAACAGCAACAACAAUCUCCUCUGUGCCUAGUAUUAUUAGUUAAAUGUCCGAAUUCUAAGGAAUUUUGUAACGCCGCCGCCGCCAACGCCGUCGCUGCAGCCGCACAUUUCUGUGAUAAUAAAAGAUUGCCGGUGAACGAAUGUCAGGCAAUUCAAGCCGCUAGAGUGACAUCUAACCUGAGCGCAUCGAGUAGUACAAUGGCGGUCAGUCGAGUACCAUCGCCACCUCUGCAGGAAGUAAAUACGCCCGUAGCCGAAAAUUGGUGUUACACACAGGUGAAAGUGGUGAAAUUCAGUUAUAUGUGGACCAUAAAUAACUUUAGUUUUUGUCGCGAGGAAAUGGGUGAGGUACUGAAGUCGUCCACAUUCUCUGCCGGUGCUAGUGAUAAACUGAAAUGGUGUUUACGCGUCAAUCCAAAAGGUCUCGAUGAGGAAAGCAAAGACUACCUGUCGUUAUAUUUAUUAUUAGUUUCGUGUAAUAAAUCAGAAGUUAGAGCCAAAUUUAAAUUUUCCAUACUAAAUGCGAAAAGGGAAGAAACCAAAGCCAUGGAAUCGCAGAGAGCUUACCGUUUUGUACAAGGCAAAGAUUGGGGCUUCAAAAAGUUCAUAAGACGAGAUUUUCUAUUAGAUGAGGCCAACGGUCUGCUGCCCGAGGACAAAUUAACCAUAUUCUGUGAAGUUAGUGUUGUAGCUGAUAGUGUGAAUAUCUCUGGUCAAUCAAAUAUUGUACAAUUCAAAGUACCCGAAUGUCGAUUAUCCGAGGAUUUGGGUGCAUUAUUUGAUAAUGAGAAAUUCAGUGAUGUUACGUUGGCGGURGCCGGACGGGAAUUUCAAGCGCAUAAAGCUAUUUUGGCAGCACGUAGUGAAGUCUUUAAUGCUAUGUUCGAGCACGAAAUGGAGGAACGCAAAUUAAAUCGUGUCGAUAUACACGACGUCGAUCACGAAGUCCUGCGCGAAAUGCUGCGUUUCAUCUACACAGGCAAAGCGCCAAAUUUAGAAAAAAUGGCAGAUGAUCUCCUAGCCGCUGCUGACAAAUAUGCCCUCGAAAAGCUGAAAGUGAUGUGUGAAGAGGCGCUUUGCCUUAAUCUCUCCGUGGAAACCGCAGCGGAAACUUUAAUAUUAGCCGAUCUCCAUAGUGCGGACCAGUUGAAAGCACAAACCAUAGAUUUCAUAAAUACUCACGCCACCGAUGUGAUGGAAACGGCCGGCUGGCAGAGUAUGAUCGCGACACAUUCACACUUGAUUGCGGAGGCAUUUCGUGCGCUUGCCACACAACAAAUCCCACCAAUUGGACCACCAAGGAAGCGUGUAAAAAUGAGCUGAAAUCGCAAUGGUGCAUACAAUAAUAAAUUUAAUUAUAAUAACAAAUACAACAACAACAACAACAAAUACA